UCCUUUUAGAAAAUAUGACAUCUACACCACCUAAAAAUAACUGCAAGUUAAAAUCGAGCCAUAACAGCAGUGGUUCUACCAGCAUUGAUAAAUUGUCUCCCGAUCAGGAUGUCUUCAUAAAUCCAACGGAUGGUCUGCCCAGUCAGCAUCCCACCUUGCCCGAUGGAGAAGUCGACAGUAACAGCGAACCGGAAGUGGAUCCCGACUCGUUCGACGAUUUGCCAACGUCUAUUAUAGUCACCAAUAUUCAUUCAGAAGUUUUUUCCAAUCCUCAGUUGAAGCAGGAAAUGGAAGAUCUGUUCCGUUCAUUUUGCGAUUCGGCGACGUUUCAAUGGCUGCGCAGCUUCAGACGUUUACGUGUUAACUAUGAUAACGCUAUAGCUGCGGCAAAUGCACGCAUCAAACUGCAUCAGUAUGAAUUCAAUAAGAAGACAGUGAUAACGUGCUACUUUGCGCAGCCGGUAACACCCGUAUCGAACAAAAAUCUGCAGCCACCAGCUCCAGUGAAACAGUUCCUAAUAUCGCCUCCAGCUUCGCCACCAGCUGGUUGGGAACCCAGGGAAGAAAAUGAACCGCUAGUGAACCAUGAUCUACUGGCAGCUUUGGCCAGUCUCACGCCCGGAGAAUCUCAUGAACUCCAUCCACAAACUGAAGACCAACCUGCAAUAGUAGUUCACACAGCCAUGUUGCCAGAAGCUACUAUUGACAGUGCAGUGCGUCCAAAGUUGCCCAUUGUUCAAACCAAACGUCCAGAAAGGGCGUAAAUAACAAUAUUUGCA